AUGAAGCGCCGCUCGCAUCUUGUCCACGGCUGGCUUACCGAAGCCUUUCCCGACGAGCCUAUCUACUCUGAAGCCCUCCAUACCUCCGAAGACGUCUUAUGCUCUGGUUCCGAAGAUGAAGCCUACAACUCCCCUACCGAACGACGUGAACGAUACGAGGACAAGGGCCAGCGUUUUCUCCAAGGCAAGCCAUUGUUCCUGUUGUCUGCGUCGCUAAGAGGUCCAUUUACCAAGGAGAGCGGCUGGAAGAACCCGUGGCGGUCACAAACUGGCGGAAAGAGGAGGAUUGAAUCACAGGCAGCCAGUGCCACUCCAGGUCCCGUUGAAGAAUCAAUAGUCAUAACAGCUACACCAACGAUCCUGGGGAGCGCACUGCAUGGCACCAAAGAGCAGUCGCCUGUACACGAGGAAGCCAGUUCGAGGUCAACUACUCCCACUACACCCCACCGAUAUUUAGACGACGAAACCCUGCGGGAAAUCAGGACAUGGCAAAAGAAAGUCGAAAAGCAGUCAGAACUGGAGGAUCCCUACGACGAGACGACAUAUGAACCGAGUUCACCAGAUACGUUGAAGAGCCUCCAAGUUGAAAUCACACCAAGGACGCAUGGGUCCCGGCCGUUCAUUGUGUCAUCAUCUGCUGUCGUAGAGGAGGCUGUAAAGGAGGAUCCAGUGGAGCAUGACGAGGAGGAUAUCGCUGAGCAAGAUGGAGAGGUCAACCUAAGAUACGAGGAGGAGGAGGAGGAGGAGGAGGAAGAGGAAGCAGGGCUCAUAAACGUCGACGAAGAGGACGAUUCAUCGCUUACGGAUUUGGAUGAAGAACAAUUUCAGGAGCCAAUCGGAGAACGAAACACCGACCAGGAGGCAGAGGAGGAUGGCAGGGACGAGGACGAGCACUAUCACACGGCAAAGGACGAGGAGGAGAAAAAUCAGGAACAAAACACUGAGAGCCAACAAAUAUCGGCAAGCCUACCUGUUCAAUACCCAUCCGACGAUGACAGCCCUACAAAACGCCCUAUAGCAUCACAACCUCUUCCCCAGCCUAAUGGUAAACUAGACCUUCGACCUAGGGAAGAGUUGGGAUUUCUGCCUGUCGAUACCAUCGACUUGUCACCCACUGCCGUCAAGAUAUAUGAAGCAUCGCUUCGGGGUAGUACCUGCUACACUACCUCAUGGCGGGCACAAGAACGGAGGAAACAGGGCAAUCUUCUACCGGGACUUGUUGGUGCGGCUCUGCCAGCAGACAAUGCCGCCCAGCGCCCCUCCAGUCGGUUGGGUCGCAGCUUGCAUGCAUCAGCCUCUGACUCCAUCUUGCACAAUCAAAAAAGGCCAAAUAAAAAUGGAUCGGUCACCCUCGAGCAUAAAACAAUCGGACCCCCGCACAUGUUGGUUGACAAUCAACCGUCCGAGCCUGAAGAGACAAAGGAUUCGCCCAACGAGCCGUCCGAUACGCCUGCUCAUCACCAACAGAUCACUGUGGCACAGCCAGAAUCCCCUCAACGCAUUAUUUCUACGACCGGCCUCCCUCAGCCAAAUACUGCUAUCGCCCACAUUGCUCCUGAGACAACGGAAGGAGAACAAAAGAGUCAUACUACCGAUCCAACAUCAGCCUCAUCAUCCGAGAUAUCGAGUCCAGCUACAUCUUUCGAGGAAGAAGAGGAAGAGCCCAUCGAAGAACCUGCUGAAAACGUGAGAAAACUUCUCUGGCCCAAAAUCCAACGACAAACAAGCACCCAAGACUCGACGCCGAAUAUGGCUCUUGGUGAACCGCCAGAAACAGCGAGCUACGUCCAAGCAGGGCCGAGACAACUGCAAAACGGAUCCGUUUCCGCAUCAGGAGAACACGAUGCAGGGCAAGCAAGUCUCGAAUCCUUCACAAUCAAUCAGCAACCUGAAAAUGACAGAGCGCCAACCACGGUAGAGCUCAACGGCCUUGACUGGCAAUCACCAAGUCGCUUAUUACAAUCACAACCACAAUCGGUACAGGAGGCUACAGUAUCCGAAGAGAGCAUCUACGAUGACACGAUCAAUCAAGUGCGGCUCGAAUGGCCAGUUGGGGCUAGCAGCCUCCCUCCCCAAUUUCAAGUCCAGAACCAGCACUCAAUACCCAUGGCGAGCAUAGAGGAAGCAUCAUUGACGGAACAUGACACACCGGCACAGCACAUUGCACCAGAACAAGCAAAGAGAAGUGUCAACAUUAUGGAUCUUCGGCAUAUAACAAAUUCGACCUCUCGCAACGCAACACCUCUUCGGCCAUCUUCGGGCUUACAGAAACCGUCUACGCAGCCCCUCCGGAUACCGGUCCUCGUACAACCUCGCUCAUCGGUUACUCCUGAGGCGCCAGUAAUUCCGGAAUCGAGCCGGCCACAACUGUCAACUAUUGCCAGCCGAGCCCUCGCUCAAGCCUUCCAACCUGUCGUCCAGCAAAGCCCCUGGGCAAAGGGCGACUCACAAAUAACGGCCCUCGCUGCUCCAGCACCGGAACCGCGAUCCUUCAACCCCGUCUCAUCACCUUUAUCCUCACCUGCGUCGAGCUCUUAUUUCGUGGAUAUGGAGAAUCCUGUGUUGCCGGUAUUAUCAAACCCUCCAGUUCCUGGUAACGACGCUCAACCAGAAGAACACAUAGCGGUGCCACCAGCCCGAGCCCAAACACCCCAAGUCCAGCCUCCCCACCCACCCUCAACGCCGGAAACUAAAAGAUCGAGUCUCCCAACGCCAGAGUUCACAAUGUCUAUCAAGUCCUUCAAGCAUUUCAUGACACCCUCACCCCAAAGACCGGUAAAGCGCCCGCGGUUGUCACUAGGAGACGGUCGUUUACCAGAUACUCAGGCUUUGAAGGAAGCGGUGGUUACGAACCCGUGGGAUUCCAGUCGUCUUGACGCUGGUACCAUGCCCGACACCGCGAUGCCAUCAGCUCACAGCAGGUUGAAGAAACGUGUAUCAUGGGCUCCCCUUCCGGGCGAAGUUGAUUACAUGGACCCCGAUAUGUCAAUGGACAUAGAUGUGGAUAUGGAGGUUCCUGACCAGCCUUCAUCGGUCAACAGAACGACGGAUCACCAACCAGGGAGGUCUAUCCUCUCGACGUCAGCAUCAACAUCAAACUACAGAGGCAUUCCAAGACGAGCAGCCUCUCCACCACCAAGUUUCUCGAUGCCAAGCGUCGAUUCGCCGCUGCCAAAGGAAAGCCAAAGGUUCGAGAAGCACUUUGCUGCCAUGUCUAGUCGGAGACGGCUUGCUCCUAGACCUGUUAUUGCUACGCCUGCUCCUGCUGGGUAUAGAGCCGAUAGUGGGAGAGAGGCCCCAAUGCUUCGAGAUGUUAGUGGCAAUGCUCGAAGCACAGACACCUCUCGACUAGCCAAACGUCUUCUACCGAGUGAAUCGCAGCAAACGUGUGGGAGUCCGGCCGUGGAUGGCAUGGCGAAUGCUUUUGUGCAGGCUGAUUGGCAGGUUGAGAAUCUCAACUUCAACAACCGCCAUCAGCAUCAGCAUCUGGCGCAGGCUGAUAUCCCCUUAACUGGUAAGGGAAUAUGGCAAGACCCGACAGACCGACCGAACCCAAUACCAGAACAACAACAGAAAGACAACGACGCCUUCCCCCUACCCACCCUUCCAGGCUUCGACUCCCAACCUCAGUCUCAAUUCCAAGAAACCGACGAAGUUACAGAAGUCAUGGAUAACUUGGACGAUUUCAUCGAUAGCUGGGAUAUUGACGAAGAGCUGGCUGAAGCAAGGGGUGAGAAGAGCAAGAGGAAGACGAAAGCACAACCACAACCUUCGAAACUCGGUCAAAGGCUGAGCACGGGGUUGGGCGAUGGGCGGAAUCUUUGGGACUCACCUAGUUCUAGACCACGGAGUGCGCUGAAGCGGAAGCGAACUAUUGAUGGUGGUGAUGGGGAAGAUGGGGGGAAACACAGUGCUGGAGGAGGUGGUGGUGGGAUAUACGACCCGGGGGUUUGGGAUCGGAUUGUUUAG